AUGUACUUUAAUCUCAAUAGUACCACAGUCUACUACUACAGCCUCAUAGUAAACGGAACAUCAUACCUUUACGAUGUCACCAAUCCAAAUCAAAUCGCUAUCACAUCUGCGAAUGGAGAUUCGUUACUCGUCAACUCGACCGGGUUCUAUAUUUUUGGUGCAAAUUGCAAUGGCGCUCUUGCGGUGAACAUCGCCAAUUUCACACAACAGUUGAAUCAGCUAUCAAACACCACAAGUGUUUCGAAACGUUCGGCCGCUCUACAUAAACGACGCGAGACAAGUUUCACUGUCGAUGCGGUCAUAGAAGAUCAAUGCGGCAAUCCUGUCACAGAUAUGAAUCCAGAUUGCGAUGUUGGCACAUCACCUUGUCAAAUCCAACAAGCAAUAUCGGGGAGCUUCGCAUGGACUUGCCAAUUUCCCGGAGCCAACGCCCCAGAAACAAUGUGUGAGAACAGUGUCAACAACGCUCUCAAUUACGUAACACAAGGCGUCGGUGGCCAACUGACUAAUAUAGGAGGCGCGGCAGGGUUCAUCGCAAAGUUUUUCCCUGCAAGUGUCAUUGGGCAACUGAUAUCGAGGCUCGCUGUAGGCUUUGCAGGCCUAGCUGCUGCCGAGUUUAUCAUCGAUGGAUUAGCCGCUCUUGCUCUCGUGGAGAUAGCAAUUGCGGCUGUCGGUCAGGACAAUAUCGCAUACGCUCUUUGUACGAUCCAACAUCUUGACGACCCACCUCUACCUCUGUUAAUCGAUACUUCAUAUCAACAAGUCACCUUGGCAGUGAUCGACUCGGCACCAACACCUACAUUUGAUGCCGGCACAGUGUCAAUUUCGGACCCAGCAUCAACUGGGUGUCCUUGUGUACCAGGAGUCUGUGGAUCUUUUAAUGUGAUCUAUAGUCCUAACUGCGGAGAAGUGGGAGAUUGCGUUUGUGUGACGGAUGCAAAUGGCCAAGGCGUCUGCGUGGAGGACGUUUAUUGCGAUUCUACGACAGCGUGUGCCACCGAUGCCGAUUGCCCUGGAGGUGCAUGCUGGGUUAACAGUUGCUGCGGAGGAGCCAUCUGCGCACCGCUGUCCAACAUAUGCUCGCCAUCGACCAAGCUUCGUCGUAAUGAGUUGCCCUUGCCAAGAGAGCACGAGAAACGAGAUGGUGGAUGUCUCUCAGGAGCGCUGUGCCCGUGA